UUCCACUGUUCCACAGCACAACACAUAAGGAUCCAGGCAGCAGUACACAAACCCAGGACCGAUCGAAUCACGACGCAUGGCGGCCAAGGCCAACUCGAGCCCAUCAGAGCUUGUGCAGGCGCACGUCGACCUCUGGAACCUCACCUACAGCUACCACAAGUCCAUGGCCCUGCAGUGCGCCGUGGAGCUCGGGAUCCCCACCGCCAUCCACCGCCGCGGCGGCGCCGCCUCCCUCCCCGACCUCCUCGCCACCCUCCCGGUGCCCCAGGCCAGGAAGCCCCACCUGCCUCGCCUCAUGCGGUUCCUCGUCGUGACCGGCGUCCUCGCCCUCGACGCCGCCCCCGCCGGGGACGCCGGCAGCAGCGGCGGCGUGUACCGCCUCACGCCGCUGUCUCGCCUCCUCGUGGACGACGCCGGCGCCGGCGCCCGCGCCAACGGGUGCACGGGCACGGCCAGCCUCGCGCCGUUCGUGCUCGCCCAGACCAACAGGUACCACGUCGGCGCGGCCAUGCGCCUGUCGGAGUGGUUCCGGGGCGGCCCGGACGGCGACGACACGCCCUUCCGGAUGGCGCACGGCACGGACCAGUGGGACGCGUGGCGCCGCGACCCGGAGGUGAACAAGGUGUUCAUGGACGGGCUCGGGGCCGACAGCCAGCUCACCAUGGACUUCGUGGUGACCCGGUGCGGCGAGGUGUUCGACGGCGUCGGCACGCUGGUCGACGUCGGCGGCGGGAACGGCAGCACGGCGAGGGCCAUCGCGAGGGCGUUCCCGCACGUCAGGUGCUCGGUGCUGGACCUCGCCCACGUCAUCGGCCACAUCCAGCCGUCCGAUGGCGUUCAGUACAUAGUCGGUGAUAUGAUGAGCUCGAUCCCUCCUGCUGACGCUGUGCUGCUCAAGCACGUCUUGCAUGACUGGAACGACGAGGACUGCGUCAGGAUCCUAACUCAAUGCAAGAAGGCCAUUGUUUCGGAGGAGAAGCCAUCAGGAGGGAAAGUGAUCAUCAUAGACACAGUCGUCGGGUCUCCUGCCGAUGACGUCAUGUUCCUAGCCCAGGUCACGUUCGAUCUGAACAUGCUGGUGACGACGCCGGGCAGGGAGCGCGACGAGCACGAGUGGCGCAGUAUAUUCACGGCCGCGGGGUUCGGGCACCACAAGAAGAGGCCAGUCCUGGGGUUUCUCUCAAUCAUCGAGCUGUAUCCAUAGCGACAAAAAAAAAAAAGCAGCACACGUGCGAGCCACGAAAUACGUGGUGUGGAUUCAUUCUAUGAUCUAUCAUUUGCUGGCCAUGGCCCAGCUGUGUCUGUCAGUUUCACAAAAUAAUUAAGAAGUAAACUGUGUACUUACGCCUUCAGUGGCUUAUUAAUGCCAGACGAUCAUGGUCUGGCCAGUUGCAUGUUCCUUUAAAGGGAAAGAACGAAUAACAGUAGCUCCCUUGAGUUAUUACUA